ACCGUGGUGUGCCUACCACCAGGCCUAAGUCUGUCAGAGUUGACGUUAUAAUUCUGAACGCGAGCUACGCGGUAAGCUGGCUGAGGAAAUCAUUUGGAUAGAGAAAGAACGCGGAGAUGAGAGAGAGAAUUGAAUCCAAGUGAAAAAUCGCUGAACGAACAGGACCAAGCAGUCUCUAUAAGUAUAAGAUGGACGGAGUAAUCGCCAACGCAGCUGUGGAAACAGCGACAAGGGCCGCAAUGGAUUUGUCUCUGUCAGGAGCAGGAUUUUCUAUUUCACUCAAGAUUGACAACCCCUGGUUAGCGGGAGCUGUAAGUCUUGGUGCAUUAUCGUUAGGUGCUUUCUACCUCGUCUGUAAGGGGCCCGCGGAGGGUGCCAUAAAAAGAGCCUUAGAAAGGACUCUAUUCGGCGAUGUGGAUCCUGAAGUUACCAAUAUCACAGAUGGACAUUCCAUCUUGGUGGAAUUGCAAUGUCACUCAGAGAUGAGUCUGUUGUUAUUUCUGGAAGACUAUGAGUCGAAAACAAUCAAGUUUAGAUUGGAAAAGGAGUUCAAAAAAAUUGGAUUUAAUGAUCAAUUAGAAGUCGUUAUUCAGAAUGAAGAAUUGGUGAACAAGGAAGCAACAGAGAUAAGAGAGAGACAUGCCACCCAGAGAAAAACGCUCUCAUUAGAAAACUGGCAUGAAAGGUAUGAAGAACUCGCAGACAUGAUCAACAAACUCUUUGAAAUGCAAGUGCAUGCUUCCCAGCAAACUGGAAGGCCCGAGAAUCCGAGAACUAGAGAACCUUUACAUCAGUUACAAGAGCUGGAGAAGGUCUUGAAGGGAUCAACAAGAGCAAACGACUUACACGAAAGUGAUAGUGAUGGAUUCCAGAAAUCUAACGUUAUAUUGGAGGAGCUGAGCAGUGUUAAGGAAACAUUAAAACGAGAAAUGACAAUCUCCAAGGGCUUGCGAAGAACCAUUGAAAAGCUUCAAGAAGAAAACAGGCGACUGGGAAAAAGUUCAGAGCCCGCAAAUGUUCAUGGAACAAAUGAUGGGAAAGAUGAAAGUCUCCAGUUAAAGAGUUUGACCAGGGAAAAGACCGAUGAGAUUAAAGCAUUAGAGAGUUAUCUCCUGGAGCUGCGUGAAAAAGUGCAUGAGCUGGAGAAAGAAAACGAAUCGUUGCAGCAAAAGUUGAAGAAAAAGGAGAAGGAACUUGGGCGAUUUCAAGGAGACGUGACAGAUGACGUCGAACCUCCAUCUCGACCCAGGACCUCUUCGGGUAUAUCUUUGGGAGCGAGCUCUGGUUACCAGUCUGAGGAAGAGCCUGACGAAUCAAGUUUAGAGAUUAUUCAAAUGCCUCAAUCUCAAGCCGUGCAGGAAGGGAAAACAUUAGUGCUGAGUUGUCGAACCCGGGGUCUACCGGAUAUUCGUUACCGUUGGGUUAAGGACGACAUUGAAAUCCCUGGGGCCAAUCGUUCGGACCUGGUGCUGAGCUCAGUUAGGAUGGAGGACUUUGGACGUUACUUUUGUCGUGUGUGGGAUAAGAGUGGAUCUGUUACUUCAGAUAUCGCUGAAGUCGAUGUAUUCCCUGCUCCUGGAAUGAGAUUUAGAAGUUUACAUGAGAUAAACAUGGAGACAAAACAAGCCAUCAUUGACCUGCUUAACAAGAAGCGCCUUCCUGGCCUGGCGUCAUGGAAGCAAGUGGCACGAAGGUAUGGAAUGAGAGAAAAGGAAAUCUCCUUUUUAGAAAGCGCAAAAAACCCAGCAGGAGCUAUGUUGGAGAGUCUGGCCUCCCUUUCGCCUAAUAUCUCUGUUUAUUUCAUCUGUAAGACCUUUAAGGAGUCUGGACUCAGACGGAUGGAUGUUGUUAACGUCUUGUCGAGGCAUGUUGUGACGCCCACGAAGUCAACUCGAUAGAGCUAACCCUAAUUUUCCUCAACCUAGUCAAGACAACUGAUUAAGGUUGUGUUUUGUCUUUCACCUUGCAUUCUAUCAUUCCACGCUCGUUCAAAGAAUAAUUCGUUGAAUGUGCAGCCCCUCCAGUUUAAUGUUUUCCUAAUUUAAUUGUAAAGGCAGACACACGAUACAGAAAAAUAGCAGCAAUUUUAUUGCCUGAUUUGGUUAAACAAAGAGUAUGUGUUGAGUAAAUAGUACGAUAGUCCUACGAAAAAUUAGAAUAAAUAUAACAAAAAGAUUCGCCUAUCAAUAGUGAUACUGAAGCUCAAAAGGCACUGGGAACGAUCAUGGAUAGUACCAUUAGCGGCCUCUGUCCCAAACCCCUUGCUGUCAUGCGAACCGAAGGUCAUGAAGGUGAAUCUCCAUGCAUUCGAAUGAUUGCAGUUUAUAUUCGAUAAAUAAUUGUAAUAAAGAAAAAAUCUACAUCAGCUUCAAAAGUUUUUGACAAUAAUUCUGUAUGUUCACUUCUUAAAUAAUUGCUAUUUCAAAAAGUAGAUCAUGUGUGCCUAUUUGUCAAUUUAUGUCAAAGUUUCUAACAUUAUUAAAUAAAUCCGGAUAACACUAUGUAAGUUUAUGGCUGAACUUGACGCAACAACGUCACACAACGUCACACGUUAAUGACCACUAAGUUGCAAGGGUAAUCUACAGAAAUUCCGAAAUUCCGCAGUU